CGGAGUAUCAAUCGAGAAGUUUCCCAAACUGGAGAGCAUUUCUUUGGAAAAAUAAGAAUGUCGCUCCACCAUUUUGCUGUUCUGUCGUUAAUGGCACUGCUACGGGUACCUGCAGCACAAGCCUCGGUCAUUGUUGACAGCCGGUGGACUGAUGACCAGGGGGCAGCUUUGCAAGCUCGACUUUCAGUACCAGUGGUCAACUCUUGCAAUGGAUGGACAAUCACUCUCACAUUUAAUGAUGAUAUUUCGCAUAUAGAGAAUUCUUGGAACGCCAAUUUUGUUCCAAGUUCAACAUCCAGCAGGGUUUAUAAACUAUCAAAUUUAAGCUGGAAUGGCAAUCUAAGUCCUGGUAGUACCCUCUCUGGGAUAGGAUUCGUAGUGAGGUACAGCCCGCAGUCCCAAGUAGAGCCAAUCACUGCAGUGUUUGAUCCUCCGUGUGGGAGUGGCACUGUGGAGACAACCACGCCCACUCCGACGACCACGCCCACUCCAACGACCACGCCUACUCCGACGACCACGCCCGCUGGAACUACGCCUACUGAGCCCAGCACAACUGCUCCCCCGACCCCACCACCUCCAACAACACCAUCAACCGUUUGUACCACCCAAAGCCCGAGCACAACUCCAGCUAGUGAGAGCACCACCGCCCCUCCCACACCACCCGCCCCAACCACGCCCUCAACUGUAUGUACCACACAAAGCCCAAGCACAACACCAGCUACCGAAAGCACUACCGCCCCUCCCACACCUCCCGCCCCAACCACGCCCUCAACAGUGUGUACCACCCAAAGCCCGAGCACAACACCAGCUAGUGAAAGUACCACCGCCCCUCCCACACCUCCCGCCCCAACCACGCCCUCAACAGUGUGUACGACAGUGACGCCUUCGACCACGCCCACUCCGGUCUCAUCUACACCAUCGACUGCGACAACACCGCAAAGCACUUCAAAAUACAACUUGGAUGAAGUUUUGGAGAAGUCCAUCUUGUUUUACGAGGCACAGCGUUCAGGAGUUCUCCCAGCGGAAAACAGAAUACCGUGGAGAAGAUCGUCACAUCUUAAUGAUCUGGGAAAUAAUGGCGAGGAUUUGACAGGAGGCUGGUAUGACGCUGGCGACACCGUCAAAUUCGGUUUCCCAAUGGCCUGGAGCACAACAGUUCUUACCUGGGGUCUUCUAGAUUACCCGGACGCCUACCACGCCACUGGUCAGUAUGAGUACAUGCUGGACUGCAUCCGUUGGCCAUUGGAGUACUUCUUGAAGGCACACACUGCUGAUAAUGAGCUUUACGUACAGGUUGGACAUGGUGAGACGGACCACGAUCUUUGGACAAGGCCCAGUGACGGGACUGAGAAUCGACCAGCUUACAAGAUUGAUUCAUCUAAUCCUGGUACGGACGCCGCGGCGGAGACUGCCUCUGCGUUGGCCGCCGGGUAUCUGGCCUUCAAGGACGAAGAUAUCACCUUUGCCAACCGCCUCUUAACCAGUGCUCGCAAGCUGUACACCUUUGCCGCUACCUCUAAUAGAGUCAAAUACAGUGACAGCGUGUCGGAUGCUAACAACUACUAUCCGUCGUAUGAUUUCAAGGACGAGCUGGUGUGGGCUGCUGCGUGGUUGUACAGGGCCACGGGAGAGGCCGAGUUUCUCACCUCUGCUACCGCCUGGUACGAUGAAUUUGGAAUCCAAUAUUCCAAUUGGGGAUUUUCGUGGGACGACAAGGGACCUGGCACCAAAGUCCUGAUGUAUCAGUUGACCAGCGAGGAUAAAUAUCGUCAACAUGUUGAAGACUACCUCACUUACUGGAUGCCCGGUGGACAGAUUCCCUACACACCGAAGGGUCUGGCGUUCAGAGACCAGUGGGGUUCCCUUAGAUAUGCAGCCAAUUCUGCAUUCCUGGCUCUGCGCGCGGCAGAUUUGGGCAUCAGUAGCGCCACCUAUCGUUCGUGGGCUGAGGGCCAAAUCAACUACAUGCUUGGGGACACUGGGAGGAGUUUUGUGGUUGGUUUUGGCGUCAAUCCUCCUGUUAAACCUCAUCACCGAGCGUCGUCUUGCCCAACUGAUUUUAACGUAGUGUGUAGCUGGGAUGCGUUCAACAGUCCAGAUCCCAACCCCAACGUGUUAAACGGUGCUCUGGUCGGAGGUCCAGACGGCAAUGACCAGUACGUGGACGACAGGACCAAUUACCGGACAAACGAAGUGACCACGGAUUAUAAUGCCGGCUUCCAGUCCGCUGUGGCAGCUUUAAAGAGCCAUCAACUAAGUCUACGUGCAACGCAACCAACUGAAUCUCCGCUCACUGAGGCGCCCUCCACUGAGGCUCCCUCAACUGUGGCUCCCUCUACCGACGCUCCUUCCACUGUGACCUCCACCACUGCAGUUCCCUCCACCGAGACUCCGACUACUGUUGCACCUACGGAACCAGGUGUUUUAUGGCGUCACGCGCCGUACGCCGCAGACGACAAUUAUCUCGCCGGCUGGCAACCAGCCCAGCAGAUCAAAGACGACGAUCAAAACGCUGCGGUCGUCCUUGACCCUGCUGGCGGAAAUGAGUACGUCCUGCGCGUGCUGUACCCCCAGGGGUCAUACAGACCUGGGGCUUCCCCUGUUCUGGGCGGUAUACAGUUCUUCUCUCAACCGUUCACUCCUGGCACUGCGCUGAUGUUGACAUACCAGGUUUAUUUUCCUCAAGACUUCGACUUCAGUAAAGGAGGAAAACUCCCCGGCUUUUACGGCGGACGACAAACAUGCUCUGGAAGCAAGGACGCGGCUACUCUUGGCUGCUUCUCGACACGUGUCACGUGGCGCGGGAACGGCGACGGACAAAUCAGCGCCUACCUCCCCAGCCCCCAGUCCCAGGACUUCUGCACGAAAGAAAGAGUCUUUUGCAAUUUCCAAUGGGCUCACUCCCUGGGCCGCGGAAGUUUUAAGUUUCAGAAAGGACGCUGGAACACAUUUAGUCAGUACCUGCAGCUAAACAACCCUGGAGUCCAUGAUGGUCGAGCAGAGAUAUAUUUUGAUGGGCAGAAAGUAUACGAGAUUGACAAGUUGAACUUCAGGACAACGGAAUCGGUGAAAAUAGACGGGAUUUAUUUCUCUACUUUCUUCGGCGGCGGAGAGUCGGCGGCUACUCCAGUCACAACUUAUACAUAUUUUAAAGGAUUUGAAGUGACGGAAAAAAUAUGAAUAUUUCGAAACAUUCCCUUGCGUUUGCCAUAUAAAUUAUAUUAAAACCAAGCAUUAUGUCAACCUGAGACAGUGAAAUAAAACGGGCGAAAAGAAUUAAUUUGUCUUUUGAGGUUUUAUUUGAUCUGAAAUAACGAAAAAUUAAAAAAAAAAAAUGCUUAAAAAACAAUGCUAGAAAAUAAAGAUUCAUGCGGAAUGAACAAAGAAACAUGGACUGCUAUUUUUAUAUAUUCAUGAAAACUUCCCGUUUAUUGGUUACAUUUACCAG